UUAAUAUCCGUCUGCUUAAAGAAUUAAAUCAUUUUUAUAUUUAGGUCAAUCAACCUGUCUCAGGAAUGUUACCCGUAGAUUCUAUACAGGCGUCUAAUACCCGAAUAUUGAAUUUAGAGGAGUCCUAGUGCACAGCUAGAGGUUUUUCGGAAUUGGUUUCCUCAGAAUGACUUAACUCAUCAGAAUGUGAUUUUGUUCGUCAGCAUUAGCCUUCUUUGAGUGAUUUGGGAAUAUACAAGUGAAGGAUAAAUAUUCGUUUCUUUUUGUUGGUUUGGAUGUCUAUUCAUCAAAUUGAUGUAACAUUAGUACUAGGUAAGGAGUACACAUGGUAACACAGCCCUAUGAUUUCCCGAAAAGAGGACCCCACGUCGGGUCGCAGACCUUUGGUCAUAAGCGGCCCGAAUCGGCAGAUGCUACACGACCUGAGGGACAGCCUCAGUCAUAUUCGUGGUUCUCAUUCCGACCAAUCGGAUCCUUCACUUCCUAAUCGGGCUGAGUUAUCGCAGAGCACGCCGAAUCUUCUUGAAAGCAAGUCCAGUUUUUCUCGUGAUGGAUACAACAGGAAAGCUCUGGCUCAGAUUCGGAGUAAAUUACGGCCGUUCCAGACGGAUCGGAAUGACGAUGGAAUGUCAAACAGUACAGGAGCUUCCUCCCAGGGUAGUGAGGAGGGGGAAUCCCGAGGGGCCAGCCUGGAGGAUACAUCACAGGAGUUGUCUAAUCGCCUGUCAAAGCUGAAUGACCUGAAAGGGAAAAAUGGGGUCAAAAGUACAAUGGUUAACCCAUAUUCGAAACCAGUCAAAAGAAAACCCAGUUUUGAGUCCAAGUAUGGCAAGGCGCCCUCAGAGCCGGACCAGCGGUCAGACAAUGCCUCACCCCUCACUUCGGCUGCUGGGAGGGUACCCCCUGUGUAUGAGGUCAGCCCAAGGACGCCCAGCUCUACUCCCAGUGUAACUGUUAACGGUGAUCAGACCCCUCCCCCUGUCCCCCCUCGGGCCCCAAUCAUCACUUCCUCAGAGACAGUAGUCGUGGAAACCAGCGUGCCUGGUAACCUUUCUUCCACGGCCCGACUUCAGGCACCCCCUAUGAUGGUUCAGCCGACAGGGGGACAGGUACUGAAGACCAACCCCACCACCCCCCAACAGUAUAUUGCCUUCAGUACAGUUCAGGUGGCGCAGUCGACGCCCCCACCCCAAUCCCAGAAUCCCCCAACAUCCUCCUCCUCUGGCAGCGGUCCGGUCACGCCCCAGAGAGGAAUGAGCCCAGUGGGUCGACAGCCAGUGAUUAUUCAGAACGCCAAGAGCCACCCAGUGCAUUACAACUCUAGUGCUAACAGUGCUGGACAGAACACUGGUAUAACAAUAAAGUGUCCGCCGCCUUAUAGUCAAAGUCAGACUACUAGAGCGGCCACAGUGAAAAUAUCUGGAAACAAUUUAAAUAGUGUUCAAAUAAAGUUACCGAAGCCACAGGGCUCCCAACCCCAACCUAUGCACACAUGGGGAGCGAAACAACAGCAGAUCGUGAUGCACGCAGUAGAGAGUGUGGCCGUUUCUAAACCUAUGUUACAGAUGGCGACCGGUCCUGGUCAGUCGCCACAGAACCCCCAGACAACAUCGGGGAGCUACAUAUCGUCCUACCAGGCUCAGAUCAAUCCCACCAACAAUGGGAUUCCCUCUGCCUCUCAGCUCCAGGCGUCUAACAACAUACAGAUCCAGAUCACACGUCAGUCACCCCAGAUGUUGACCCCCGAGCAGUAUGCACACCUCCAGACCCAGGGAACCAAGCGGGGCCUUCAGACUCGUAUCAGCGGGGUUCCUCAGUACCCGAACCUCCAGUACGGAGGACUGUAUUAUAGGCCCGCCUCCGACACCCCCACCUCCACGCCGAGGUCAGACUCCCCGAAUUCUUCACGCGCAACGAAUCAGUCGCCCAUGUCUAUUCAUUCUACCACUUCCACCCCCUCCACGAACUCUGAUAUUCCGGACAAGCCCCCACCUCCGUAUCCCGGGCGGUCGGUGCAGGUGGUGCAGCCUAUACUUCAGCCUGUACCACAGUACAACCAGGCCCCCUCACAGUUUCAACACCUUCAUCAGUUACAACAUCAAAUCACUGCAAUGUCUACACAUGUACACCAGGGGUUUACUCCCCUGCAGGGUCCCCAUACAGUGGCACCCCCUGUGUAUCACAGUGAUAGCCCCCAGCCCCCCAUUCCUCCCCGUGUGCCUUUAGUGCAAGUGUCAGAAAAUUCUGAGGCUUCCCCUCCCCCAGUUCCCACCUCCAAACCAAAUGUAGGGGUGGGUCCACCGCCGAUACCACCCCCGCCCAACAAACAGACCCCUAAUGUGACUGUGAAUGGAAACGGUGCCAACAAGGAGGACGAGACAGACGAGACUUUGUCAACGGUGUCUGAUGCAAGUAGUACUCAAGAGAAAACUCGCUGCACCUCACCGAUGCCGGAGAGGAAGAACGAGUUCAAAGACUGUGAUAGACUUCGCCCCGAGGGCAGGUUAAAAAACUACUCGCCCCAGGCCUUUAAGUUCUACAUGGAGCAGCAUGUAGAGAAUGUUCUGAAGGCGUGUAAGGAGAGGGUGACUCGCAGGUUUCAGUUGGAGCGUGAAAUGAACAAAGUGGGUCUCUCUGAAGAUGCUCAGCAACAAAUGCGUCGAAUGUUAAAUCAAAAAGAAUCAAACUACAUUAGGUUACGUCGUGCCAAAAUGAGAAGAGACAUGUUCGAAAAGAUCCAAACUCUUGGAGUUGGAGCUUUCGGGGAAGUUUCGUUAGUGCGGAAAAGGGACGUUGGUCACUUAUAUGCUAUGAAAACCUUACGGAAAAGUGAUGUGCUAAAACGAAAUCAAGUAGCUCAUGUGAAAGCAGAGCGUGAUAUUUUAGCGGAGGCGGAUAACGAGUGGGUAGUGAAGUUAUAUUAUUCCUUUCAGGAUCGUGAUAACUUAUACUUUGUGAUGGAUUACGUGCCGGGCGGCGAUCUGAUGGGACUUUUAAUCAAAUUCGGAAUUUUCAAGGAGGAUUUGGCGCAGUGUUACAUUGCUGAAUUAGUGCUAGCUAUUGAAAGUGUGCAUAAAAUGGGAUUUAUUCAUCGGGACAUCAAGCCGGAUAACAUUCUGAUAGACAAAGACGGACAUAUCAAGCUCACCGACUUUGGAUUGUGUACUGGCUUUCGUUGGACUCACAACUCCAAGUAUUACCAAAAAGAUGGGCUACAUCCACGUCAGGACUCCAUGGACGUUAGUUGUGCAAUGGAAGUAGAAUGUCGCUGUAACGAAAUACUCAAACCCCUAGAACGACGUCGCCAGCGCGAACGACACAGGUGCCUUGCUCAUUCCCUUGUAGGAACACCCAACUACAUCGCACCCGAAGUGCUACUGCGGGAGGGUUACACCUCCUGCUGUGAUUGGUGGAGUGUAGGAGUGAUAUUAUACGAGAUGUUAGUUGGUCAGCCUCCGUUCUAUGCAAACACACCGGCAGAAACCCAGUGGAAGGUGAUCCACUGGGAUGAAACACUAAAGAUUCCAGCGGAGGCUAACCUUUCCGAGGCUGCCAAGGACCUCAUUAUCAAGCUGUGUUGUAGCGCGGACAAGCGACUCGGUCGAAACGGGGCCACAGAAAUAAAGCGGCAUCCCUACUUUAAAGACAUUAAUUUCGAAGGCCUGCGCAAGUCACAGCCUCCGUGGAAACCAAAAAUAAAGCAUGCCAUGGACACCUCUUACUUUGACGAAAUAGACGGUAAAUUUGAUGAUGAUUCUGAUGAAGAAAUGCAGAAGCCCGAUCAUCCGAUAAACGGAAAACAUCCGGAGCAUGCUUUCCUGGAGUUUACAUUCCGCAGGUUCUUUGAUGACGGAGGUCAUCCGUACCCAUCAAUGAAGGAAGACCCAUGUCCCCCUGUAGUGGACUUGAACCAGGACCCCCCAACCAGUAAAGACUCCUCCAGUGCACCGGUGUAUGUCUGAUAUCUGUGAAUAUCUGGUGCAAGUUUGUGAUAUCUAUUGAUGUCUGUUUGUCGUAUAUCCAUGUACGUCAGAUAUUAGCAUAUUCUAACAAUAGGUGGCACUAUCAGAAGUGCUUACUUUGGAGUCUUUUCAGGACGUUAGAAGCACCCAAAUUCUUAACUUGUAAUCACUUUGAAUUCGUAAACCAUAUCAUAACCUAUUAUUUAACUUGAAAGGAAUUUAAAUUUUUUAAGGAACAAUGUUUUUCAACUAUUGUGAACAAAGAAUAAAAAUGGGUGAAUUUUUUCUUACAAGGAUAAUUGGAAUGAGUCAUAUUUAGUAAGGAGGAGUGUCCUCCAUUUUUAUUGCCUGGUAAACUAAGGCCAUUAUGUCUGUGUCACGUCAUUUUGACGACUCGGGGCAGAUGCCUUUUGGUCAUAGAGGGGUGCACGAGGAACACACGUCUUUCAUUUAAUACAUUAUUAACAAGAAGUUAUUUGUUAAUCAAGGUCUUUCAAAUGUUUGUUUUGUAUUCUGUAUGUAGUGAAUCUAGUGUUGUAUAAACAAGACAGGGUGAUGCUAAUUAGUGGAAAGUACACCAUUGUACAAACAUUAUUAUAUUAAUAUAUAUAUCUAAUUCAUUCAAAAAGUUCACUGUUGACAAUUAAAGUAGAGAUAUUUUCUUUAUCAAUAAACUUAAAACGUGAAAAGAAUCUUGUAUGUAGAUAUUAAGAAAACAUUGUUUUUAUGGUGGGAGAAAAUACUGAGAUUUCGGAACAUCGAAGCGAUGGGAAUAUUUUAAGGGCUUAGCAAGACGACUUCUUUAUAUUCAAGUCACAAAAAAGGCAAAGAUUGGUCACAAUCAUGUAGAAAUAUUACACAUGAAACAGGAUUUCUGAGAAUCGACUCGCUGUGGUCGUACCUGAGGAUGCUAGAACAUCACUCUGUUGUGUACUCUGCUAUUUUAUGUUCUUUAUUUGGAAAGAAUUUGGAAUUUUACAAGAAUCCCUAAUGCAGCAAUGCUAAUAGCUUUUUAUAUGAAACUAAAGAUAUUGUUCAAUAGCAAUCAGAGAGAGAGAGAGAGAGAGAGAGAGAGAGAGAGAGAGAGGAGAGAGAGGAGAGAGAGAGAGAGAGAGAGAGAGAGAGAGAGAUGGUUGUGUUUUGAUUAAAUGUUAAGUUUGAAUGUAUUGUUGAUUUUUUAUCAUGUUCUCCCUAUAGGAGAGGUGAAUUUGUUGCCUUAGUAUUUUUGCAUUGUUUAUGAAUGGGGCAUUAGGGGCUUUGUGACUGCUAUUGAACAACUAUUUCCCCCCAAACCCCGUUCCCAUUCACCCCCUCCUAACCUCAUGAUCAUUGUAAAUACUCAUCCUAUCAUUAUUAUGUAAAGUUGUGAUAUAUAUCUUUUUAAGCUUAGAGCUUAUGAUGAACGACAAGGUGCAUUAUCUGUAGAUUUCAGUGUUUUUUUAUUUAUGUACAGAGGUGAAUGCAAAGCAUCCUGGGAUUGUACAGAUGUGGUCAAAAGUGUAAAUAUUGUACAGUGUAAAACUAAAAUGUCCGACCACAUUAUUGUCUGAGGGUAUGUACAGAACUAAACAAAACUAUAAAGGGAAUAUGUAAAGUAUACUGGCAAUAUUCUCAAAUAAAAUAUAAAAAUCUGA